AUGUUGGUUCUCACAAAACAGGGCAACGUCAUCCAGCUGAAGAUCGACAGGCCGCUGUGCUGUCCAGGGACCUCUGGCGAGGUUCUGCAGAGCUUCAUCAAGUACAUGGCGAUAUUGUUUUUCAUUGUGCUCUUGCCCAAUAUAGUGUUCAUGUUGGCCACGAACACGACUUUAGAUGACGAGAUCGAGUACUUGAGAGCAGAAACGGAUGAUUUCAAACACAUAGAUAAGCUCAUAUCAAAGAAGCUUCCAUUUAUUGUAAUAUCUGUGAUUAUCUUGUUACUGUGGUUGUAUAGCUUGCUCCCACAUGGUUACAUGGAUGAGCAUCGUCGACGGCACAUGGCUCGAGAGUGCACCACAGCACAAAUUUGCCAGUGGGGCUGGAUGUUCGCACGCCGCAGUAGUCUUCACUUGUAUUUCGGGAAGUAUCCGAGCCAGGCCGUUCUGGAUAUGCAGGGCAGCCUGGGGUUCGGGCACGCUGUGAGCACGGUGCCGCUAUCUUCGCUCUCUGCGAUCAGCACAGGCAUGAGUACUUCCGCGCUGAUAUUCUCCUUGACUCUAUUCUUGACUCUUGUCACGAGCGUCGACACUGGAAUCUCGUGGAUGGACCGUGCCAUCGCACUAGAGCACUUCGCCGUAAUGCAGGGCUAUUGCAUCGAAGGCUCAGGGCCAACGGACGCACAAUGCAACAAGUUGCAUUGCGACAAUUACAUCAUGCACGAUCACGACACUGUCAACCCACAUUUCUGCAAUCUCGUGAAGGUAAGCGACGACGAAACCGAGUGCACGAAGUAUCAAAAAACGCCACCUUGUUGUGCCGGCUGUGCCAAAGGUGCUUUCGAGGGUAUCUACGACGAGGGCACGUCAGGAAACAUCAAGACCAUCAUAAGCUUGGUCGCUGACACGGGCACAAUUAUCUUUGCAUUUUUGGCUGCCAAGCACGCAAUCAACAUGACACGAGCGACAGACCACGUGACCGUCACUAUCAAUCGACGAACAAAGCGGUCCUUCAAGACACUGACAGCAAAUACCGCUCUUACGGUGCCUCUGGCGAACGACUUCUUACAGACAAUAAUGAACCAGAAUUCGAAAGACCACGGAUUGAGCCACGGUUUCGAGGCAUCGGAGGAGGAUAAGGACAAUUGGACUGGCGUCAGGCAUUUCGCGAUGACCGACGAAUUUGACACUUGGAAGGAUUUUUUCAAUAAGGACCUCCACGCCGUGCCCGACACGCGCUGGACUUUGAGGCUCCAGGUGCCAAAGAAGCUGUUGGGCAUCGAGAAGGAUGAGGAGGUUAUAGCUGGUUGGAUUGAGAUGCCGCUCUUGCCACCAAGUAUCACCCUUAUGGACAUUUUGAUGGGCAAGGUGUGGUAUCUGCUGCUGCCGUUUGGGAAAACUCGUCAUGCCGUGGUUGUCACCGAUCGCCGUGUGUUCUACGUGCGCCACCGACGACCGUUCUUACCAUUCAAAUGCCUUGGGACCGACCUGCGCGUUGACGUCUUCAGGCACGACCACGACGUAACGUACGGCAAGAUGGCCCGGCACAAGCUUAACACGCCCCAGCGCAUCAUACACCAGGUUCUCUUGCGGGAGAAAUUCCUUCCCGGGACAGCAGUGAUGCAAACCAAGUUCGGGGCCAUACAAUUCACGCGAGACCACGGAGACAUCGCCGAUGUUUACAACAUGAUCAUGAGCCUUUCCAGGCACAUUCCAGAGUUCAUCACUGAUAAGGACUUGGUCGAGAAUGGCGUUGUCCCGUCGGCUUGCAAAGAAAUCGUGAACAGAGCGUUCAUUGCGGCCAGCAGUAAGCAAGGUAACCGAUUCACCAUCCGGCCGCAGUCAGAUGAUGUAGUACAGCCGCAGCCCACGCUCUAUUUGGCAAGUGGGAGCAAGGAAAAGAUGCUCUUCCACCUUUCCGUUAAGAACACAACCGACAUAUAUUCGAAGUGUUAUUUUAAUCCAACGUAG